AUGAGUGAAUUUGUGUUAGGUAAUCUUAAUCUAAAUUUACAAUUAUAGAUGGUAAAGCAAGACUAAUCCCCAGUCUAAAUUGCAAUUGGAACUAGAUUCAGGGUAUGUAACUUUGUGAAGAAACAGAAUGCUCAUGUAAUAUUACUUCCAGAUAGAGGUCAUGUUAAACUGCUAGUUUUAUAAACUUUUAGAGAGUAAGUGUGUUUUUAUAGGGAAUGUUUAGAAUUAUUAUUUUAAGAGUGAUAUCAUUCUGGUUUAUGAAGCAACGUUACAAUAUAUAAUAAUCUGAUCUAUCUCUUUAUUGA